AUGGACGAGGCGGCGGAUAGCCCGGCGCAAACCAUUCCCGAGAGAGAUAGCUAUGCGUACUCGCCGCUGCCAGACCCCGACUCGUUCCGCACCGUCGAGGUCCUGCCCGGCGCCGGCGCCGACCCGGUGGUAUGCAACCUGCGUGUGCACAGCACCAGCCCCGACGACAACGACAACAACGGAGCACCAUGGCCCGAGUACGAGGCGCUGUCGUACGUGUGGGGCGACCCGGCGCCGAGCCAGCGCAUCCGCAUCCGCGACGCCGACGCCGACGGCGACUGCGACGAGACGAUGGCCGUGACGGCCAACCUGCACGCGGCGCUGCGGCGGCUGCGCCAGCCUGACCAACCACGCACGCUCUGGGCCGACGGCAUCUGCAUCAACCAGGCCGACGCGGGCGAAAAGAGCCACCAGGUGCGGCAGAUGGGCGCCUUUUACUCUCGCGCGCGCCGCGUAGUUGUG